CCUGUAGUCAGCUGCAGCGCGGGGGCGGCACACGGCAUUAGAAGGCGCCGGAAGUGUCCGUGUCGAGGGGCGGCGGGAGAGGGGCCACCAAGGCAAGCCAGUCAGCGGAGCUGGGCGCAGCGGCGAGACUCGAGUCCGCCGCGUCCCGAGUCCCCGGCCCAGCCGGGCUUUUCUCUUCGGCCAGACAUGGACUUCAGGGAAAUCCUCCUGAUCGCUUCCAAAGGACAGGGUGUCAACCACGUACCGAAAAGGUACAGUUUGGCAGUGGGGCCUCCCAAGAAAGACCCAAAAGUGAAAGGUGUUCAGUCGGCAGCUGUGCAGGCUUUCCUCCGGAGGAAGGAAGAGGAGCUUAGACGAAAAGCCUUAGAAGAGAAAAGGAGGAAAGAAGAACUAGUGAGAAAACGAAUUGAGCUCAAACAUGACAAGAAAGCCAGAGCUAUGGCCAAGAGGACAAAGGACAAUUUUCAUGGCUACGAUGGGAUUCCUGUGGAGGAAAAGACAAAGAAGAAGCAGAUAGCAGAGAGCCGCCCGAACCCGGGAACGGACCUGGAGUAUGAGGUGGAGGAGGAAGAGUUCCUAGACUACAGUCAGGAUGAGUUGGAGCAGGAAUUCGAGGAGGAGCAAGAGCCUCUCAAAGCUGAAAGCAAACCAAAGGCCCCCCUUAAAAGUGCCCCUCCACCCAUGAACUUCACUGACUUAUUGAGGUUAGCUGAGAAGAAGCAGUUCGAACCAGUGGAGAUCAAGGUAACGAAGAAAGCCGAAGAGCGGCCCAUGACUGCAGAGGAACUUAGGGAGCGAGAGUUUCUUGAACGAAAGCAUAAGAAAAAGAAACCUGAGAUUGACGCCAAACUACCUCCGCCCGUGUCCAAAAAGACACCCUCUCAUAGAGACGGUAUGGGCACAAAACCCAGCAAGGGUUCUGGGGACAGGCAGCCUUCUUCCAAAGGAUUGCUGUCCCCUCAUGCUGAGAAGAAAUCCAGACCCAGCACAGCCAGUGAAAAGCAAGUAGCUUUGUCUUCAUCCAAAUCCAUGCCAGGAGAGAGAACCAAGGCAGGAUCUGGCAGUAGCUCCCAGGCCUCACACAAUAGACCUGUCUUCAAUGGGGCUGGAAAGCCCCACCCCAGCACCUGUUCCCCAAGUGUCCAAAAGACUGCUGCUAGUGGGACUCAGAAACCUGCUUCUGAGCACAAAGCCAAAAAACCUCUUCCUUCUCAUCCUAGCCAUUCCAAACCAGGGCCCACAGUCUUCUCACACAACAAAACUAAGAGUCCAGGUCUCAGACAGACAGGCAGCAACACCGACUCAGCUUCUGGACGACCUAGCCCAGGAACAGCUCGGCCCACAGUCAGUUCUGGUGCUAUGCCCAGGCGCCAGAAUGGCAGCUCCAGCUCAGGACCCGAGCAAUCCGUCAGUGGGAUCAGAAAGCUGGCCAGCAGUCCGCAUCCCUCUGGACGGACAGUCAAUGGCACAAAUGGUCCUGGACGACCUGCCAGCAGCUCUACUGGCUCUGGGCGACCCAUCAGUGGCCCUGGUGCUUCUGGAAGACCUUUGAGCAGUUCUGGAGGUCCUAGGCGGCCUGUAAACAGUCCACAUGACAUUAGACGACCAGUGAGCAGCCUAGGUCCCCCUGGGCGGUCAGUCAGUGGCCCUGGGAGAUCUCUAAGUGGUUCUGUUCCAGCUGGACGGACUGUCAGUUCAGGCCCUGGAAGACCAGUGAGCAGCUUAGGACCUGGACGAACAGUUAGUAGCCCAGGCCUCCCCACAAAACCCAAGUGCACUGUUGUCUCAGAAACAAUUUCUUCAAAGAAUAUUAUUAGUCGGUCAAGUAAUGGACAGAUAAAUGGAAUGAAGCCUCCCAUGUCUGGCUACAGAUCUGCCCCAGGUCCUCAAAGGCUCCCCUUCCCGACUGGCUACAAAAGACCUCGAGAGUAUGAAGAUGAUGAUGAUGAUGAAUAUGACUCAGAAAUGGAUGAUUUCAUCGAAGAUGAAGGAGAACCUCAGGAAGAAAUAUCCAAGCACAUUCGGGAAAUCUUUGGCUAUGACCGAAAAAAAUAUAAAGAUGAAAGUGACUAUGCCUUACGUUAUAUGGAGAGCAGCUGGAAGGAGCAGCAGAAGGAGGAAGCCAAGAGUUUAAGACUAGGUAUGCAAGAGGACUUAGAGGAAAUGAGACGUGAAGAGGAAGAAAUGAAACGUCGAAAGGCCAAGAAGCUGAAGCGACAUUAGCUACUGCUGAAUGUGUGAAUCUGGGACCCUGCUGCAAGGAUUCCUGCCUUCAGACUGAGCAAGUCCUUCCCCGUUUAGAUGGACACCCGGGCACUCAGGAAGGAAUGCCUACUGUCCUGCCAUCUAAGUGUACAGUGCUCUCAAACAGUCCGGGGUGGGAUCUGUAGUGCAGAUGAUACGAUGCUUGCCGUGUGUGCUGAUGACGGCUUUGAUCAUGACGAGCUAUGCACGCUACUGUGGGCCAUUACCAGUCAGCUGGUCUUUUAUGUUCCUUUGCUACUUUAAAAGGAGGAAAAGAUUGAUGUGUGAGUGGGCACGACCCAGAUCUCAGUCAUACUUUGUCUUUAGGAAGGGCCUAGCACUUCUGUGAAUGCUGCCAGCAAUAAAGUGACCUGUCCCAGUCUAUGUUUGAACUGAAAACCCAGGAAAAGAGUAGGCUUUAUAAUUAUUACAUGAAUGUCACCCUUGUGACUUUGACAUGCAAAAUAGAAUUAUAUUGUAUUCAGCAUUAUUUGUGGAUUGGAUGCUAAGCAUUCUUAUUUAUAUGAUUAGGUGAUAAAAUUUUUCUAAGUUAAAAUAUAAAUUUUUCCAGAAUAAGAAAUAUUCUUUUCCAGUUUUCCUUUCAGGCUUCCUGUCACAUUGACCUUAGUAUGAAGUAGAUGAGGCCCUUACUAUUCUGUUGAUUGUUUUGUCUUCUUUUCUUUCUUCCUUUUAUUAAAGAAAGAUGGCUAUUUGGAUAUUAGAUUUGAAAGAGUAAUGGUUUUAAAAAAUCAACAAGUGACAUGUGUUGUGCCCUCUGCUCUACUCCCCAUUCAAAAAGAUAUUGUGGGACCCUAAGGUGCCCCUGUCCCUCUUGAUGUUAAUAACAUUGCAUUUGUAGCUUAAAUUUCUUAGAAAAUGUUAAUGACCAAAAAACCAGAAACUUGGGUAUUUAGUGUAUCAAGAAGAGUACCGCCUUCUCCUUUGUCCAUAUUGCACUUUGAUUUCUAACUAUGCACUGUGGUGAAAGUUUUUCCUGUUGUUGGUGAUUUAGUGAGCUGUGAAACUUCUGUCCUUCUCACAAGUCAGGCCUACAGACUUUAUGUCACUUAAGCCUGGAGUCCAUCCAGGCUGAUCUAGGGUCUGGCUGGAAGGAAGCCAUGUCUCAAGGAUAGUCAGCAACAGAAAAAGAGAUGGGAUGCUAGAGACCUGAGGGUUGGAGGCAGUCAGAAUUUGCUCUGUGGGGCAAUUCCACAGUGAAUCUGGCUUCUUCAGCUCUUAAGCCAUGAGGGAUGGGGUGCUGGAGAGGCUGGUCUACAAAGAGCUCUUGCUUUUCAACAGGUCCAGACUUUAUGUCUUUUGUCUAUGAUGUCUUCAUUCUUUAAGCUUGAAUAUUAUGAGUGAUCAUUUUUAGCCUUCCUUUGUGGGACCAUUUGACCCAGUCCUUAAAACUUACUAGUUUUGAAUUGAGUUU